AUAUGUACGUGUACAACGAUUGGCCCGCAGUGCUUGCGAGAUCACAGCGCCCAGGGCACUUGAAGCAUGUCAUGGUUGGACCCUUCACAAGACCUAAACCUCCCCCAAACGGUAAGCCUCUUCUAAACCGACGGACGGCCCCAUCCAUAACUUGGUAGCCCAUGCAAGCCUGCCGCCCGCGGGCCGAGAAGUUUUAACCCAGCUUUUAGGGUUUCUGCGCAUGCACUACAUUUGGCCUAGCUGGCGCAAACCCUAAAACUCGAACAACAUGGAGGGACGAGGGGAUCAAGCCCCAUGCAAGUUGCCAAACGGAUAGGAAGCUGGAUGACGUGGUAGCAACUGAAAUGGACCUCCACCAGCUAUUUGACGUAUCUGGGAGGACUGCUCUCAUCACCGGUUGCAGCUCACCAUCAGGAUUUGGUGCAGCAUUCGCGCACCAACUGGCCAAGUGCGGCGCCAAUGUUGUUGUGGCCGCCCGUCGAUCAGAACCACUGGAGGCACUUGUAGAAGAGCUCAACAACCUUUCCAGCUCCUCUCAAUCUGACACACAACCCAAGCCUGGUCAAGCUAAAGCCGUCCUGUUAGACCUCUCCAAAUCAGAGUCAGAGAUAGAGCCAGCAGUCGAUCAGGCCUGGCAGGCUUUUGGCUGCAUCGACAUUCUCGUAAACAAUGCGGGGGUGGAUGGAAAAAGCCUCCCAAACCUGGAGUUUGACCAAGCGGACUUUGACCACGUCAUGAGCGUCAACGUGCGGGGGCUGAUGACGCUGUCAAAGCUGGUGGCUCGCAAGCUGAUUCCGGCAAACCUGCCAGGCAAUUUCAUCAACAUCGCGUCCAUAAGCGGAGGCACGAUGCUCGCCCCACAAUUCUCGGGUCACGCCAACUACUGCUCGUCGAAGGCUGCUGUUGUUCAAUGUACGAAAGCGCUGGCAGUCGAACUGGCGCCUCACAACAUCCGGGUUAACUGCAUAAACCCUGGGUGGUUCCUCACGGAUAUGAGCCGGAAAAUGCUGACGACACCUGCCGGCGAAAGCAUUAGGGCGGCGACCCCCCUGCAGAAGUUUGGAGACGUAGGGGCAGAUUUAUUGGGCCCACUUUUGAUGCUCGCCAGCAGAAACGCGUCCGGCUUCACCACCGGAAGUGUGGUAACUAUUGACGGCGGGUUCACGUGUCAAGGUCCCGUGCGGUUCGAUUGAACUUCGGAAGUACCAUAGAGCACGCGCUAGUUGUCGCCCACUUUGGUGGGUCAAAGUAGACUGUACAGUAACGCUCGUCAGGUCGUAAGCUUACAACCACUAUAGUAGUGCGAACUCGAGGUUUCUAUAAUCCCAGAACUGCACGCGUGCCUGACAUCAGUCAGUACAGGCUUACGCUGGGCCCGGCGCAUGGGCUCCGCUGCAUAUGUUCAUCACCUUGUCACCCCAUGCGGCCGCAUUGGUCUAAAAGUCUUGCUUCCAUGAAAUCU